AUGGCCUCAUGUGUCAAAUGUGGGGGUGUGCUCUCAGCACCUUCCGGAAACUUCUCCAGCCCCAACUUCCCCAGACUCUACCCCUACAACAUACAGUGCAGCUGGCUGAUCGUGGUGGCCGAGGGCUCCUCGGUGCUGCUCACUUUCCACGCCUUCGACCUGGAGUACCAUGACUCCUGCGGCUUCGACUACCUGGAGGUGUACAACGGGGCCUCGGGGGACAAGGGCAGCCUGCUGGGGAGGUUCUGCGGCCGGGUGCCCCCGCCGCCCUUCACCUCCUCCUGGCACGUCAUGUCUGUCGUCUUCCACUCAGACAAGCACGUGGCCAGCCAAGGCUUUUCUGCUGGCUACCAGAAAGAUGUGUGUGGUGGUGUCCUAACGGGCCUUUCAGGGGUCCUUACCAGCCCUGACUACCCGGACAACUACCCCAACAACGUGGAGUGCCACUGGGUGAUCCACGCCUCCGGCCCCGCCACCGUCAAGCUGGUGUUCGUGGACUUCCAGGUGGAGGGCAGUGAGGAGUGCACCUAUGACUACGUGGCCGUGCUUGGGGGGCCUGGCCCCGCCCACGGGCAUCGCUACUGUGGCAGCACCCGGCCCCCCACUCUUGUGUCCCUGGGCCACGAGCUGCAGGUGGUCUUCAAGUCUGACUUUAACAUUGGAGGCCGGGGCUUCAAGGCCUACUACUUCUCAGGAGAAUGCCAGGAGGUAUACACGGCUGUGCGGGGCAACUUCUCCAGUCCCCAGUACCCCAGCGCCUACCCUAACAACAUUCACUGCCACUGGACCAUCCGCCUGCCUCCAGGCUACCGGGUCAAGGUGUUCUUCCUGGACCUGGACCUAGAGGGUCCCAACAGCCUGACCAGGACCUGUGACUUCGACCAUCUGGCAGCCUUUGAUGGGGCCAGCGAGGAGGCCUCCCUGCUGGGGAAUUGGUGUGGCCACCACCUGCCAGCCCCGGUCACCUCGAGCCGCAACCAGCUUCUGCUCCUACUGCACACGGACCGCAGCACCACCCGGAGGGGCUUCUCCGUGGCCUACAUUGGAGUCGUGCCCAUGAACGUGAGCUGCUCCCGCACGGACUUCCAGAUCCUGAUUGCCGCACAGACUCUGGCACCGCUGGAGCGGACCAAGGUCUACCUGGGCAGCCGCAGCUGUGCUGCGCAGGAAGCCGGUGGCACCUUCCGGAUCCAGGCCCGCUUUGACACCUGCGGCACCGAGUCUCAGCGGAGGAACAACACCUCAGUGAUCGUCAGCGUGCUGUACAUCGACUUCUCGGCUGGCGGGCAGGAGGACGUCCAUGAGUAUGAGGUCCGCUGUGAGCCACGGCGCAAGGAGGCUUCUGUCCAUCUGCUGUCUGGCUCCGACUGGCUUGGGCCCUAUGCCGCCACAGCUGAGCAUCUUCAGGAAGCACCACCCAGGGAUGAGGUGGAGGCCCUGGAGGGCCCUGUGGCCAUGGUGCCUCAGGACACCAGUGACAUUGUCUUCCUGGGCCUUUGCAUCCUGGCUGGAGUCCUCAUGGUUGUUGCCAUCGUGGUCCUGAUGCUGCUGUGA